AUGGUCGUUGCAAACAGGAAAUUCCAGUUUUCGCCCACUUUCACGAAUGUAUCGAAGCUAGAAAACGGCGAAAAUCUAUACAGUCCCGACGAUACACAUUUCAACAUCCCAUGGUGUGUAUCAUUAUCUCACAAAGGCGACAAUUUGGCUGUAUAUCUUUAUUGCUCAAAAUCGAGAAAAACUGAUGUGAUGUGGACCAUUGAGACUAAAUUCAACUUUUCAAUCAGGGCUUCGAGUGGGAAAAGUACAACGAAACGUACCUAUAAUCAAUUUAAAAAUACCGAAGACUGGGGAUUUGGGCAUAAUCCAUUGAUCAGUUGGGAUGAAAUGAUGAAGGAUUUUCUAAUUAAUGAUAGUAUUAAUAUUGAAGUUUCUGUCAAGAUCACAGAUAUAACUGGAUUCUCGAAAAAUGUGCUCCAAAGAUUCGAUCAGUCUGCUGAAGAAUUUUCCGAUGUGAUUAUUAUAGUGGAAGGGCAGAAGUUCUAUGUUUUGAAGAAACUCCUCGCUUUUCACUCCACAUACUUCAAAGCGCUUCUCCUUGGAAAAUUCGCGGAAGCUGAUAAAUCCGAAGUCACCCUUCAGGACAUUGAUCCCACGGAUUUUCAGUACCUUUUGGAGGUUCUGUACGGAGAAUCUCCGAUUGAUGAAGAUACAAUUGAUGGGAUUCUCUACCUGGCUUGCAUGAAGCUAACUUAA